AUGCUAUUACUCAGCCUCUUCGGCUCGUCCACGACAUCCGGCGGGCUAUUCGGCAACACCGCCGCCUCGACCUCGGCGCCGGCGUUCGGCGGCGCGACCGGCGGGUUCGGCUUCGGCGCGAGCACGUCCGGCGGCGGGCUGUUCGGCGCGAACACGAGCACGGGCUUGUUCGGGAACACGCAGAACACCUCGGCUUUCGGCGCGAAGCCUGCAGGUUUCGGCUUCGGCAGCACAUCUACGGCGGCGCCGGCGACCGGCGGGCUGUUCGGCUCCACGCCGGCCGCCGGAACUGGGUUGUUCGGCCAGCAGAACAACUCUAUGACCGGCGGGGGACUGUUCAACAACACUAGCGCGUUCGGGCAGCAACAAACCGCUACAGGCACGGGGCACGUGAAAUACAACCCGGUGGUGGGCACAGAUGUGGUCGUCAAGAGCGGCACAUCACAGAACAUCAGCAUCAAGCACCACUGCAUCACUUGCAUGAAGGAAUAUGAGAACAAAUCCUUAGAAGAGCUUCGCCUAGAAGACUACACGGCGGGCCGCAAGGGCGCGACCGGCGGCGUGUUCGGCGGCUUCGGCGCGCCCGCCGCCGACACCAAGCCGCUGUUCGGCGGCGCCGCGUCGUUCGGGCAACCAGCCGCCACUACAGCAUCGAGCGUUUUCGGCGCGCCUGCGCUUGGGACCAGCGGCGGCUUCGGACAAACUAGCACAUUUUCUUUCGGCGGUAACGCGGCCAACACAACCAGUACUACGGGGUUAUUCGGCGCCAACAAACCGGCAUUCGGCGCCACUCCAGCUCCAACGUUCGGCUCAACCCUCCCCGGCGGCGGUUUCGGCGCGGCGGCGGCGCCGACCGGCGGGCUGUUCGGCGCUAACUCUACCUUCGGCAAGCCCGCCGCCGCACAACCGGCGUUCAGUUUCAAUACGCAGCCGACGCUCGGCACAGGCGGGCUUGGCACGCUAGGCGCUAACACGCAGAACACGUUUGGGCAACAGAACAAGCCGGGCGCGCCCACGUUUGGGCUCGGCGGCGGCUCUAUGUUCCCACAGCAGAACACUACCUUUAGAACCGGGCUAGACAGCGGAUUAGGCGGUAACAUGUUCGGCAAUAACUCGUCUCUAGGCGGGCUCGGAAUCAACGCUAACAACACCAGUUUGAACAACAACAGCCUAUCCGGAGCAUCAGCCACAAACGACGUGCACGCGCAGAUAUUGUCGUUAGCGGCCCGGCCCUACGGCGACGAGCCGCUGUUCAAGCACUUACUGCCCGAGAGCUCAACAACAGCAGAGGACGUGCUAAAGCCCACAAACCCAGCGGCAGUUAAAGCUGUGCUAGACAACAGCGGGUACAAAGUCACUUCGCCCGGCGCUCGACUGAAGCUCCAUCCACGAGCCGCCCUGCCUACCGACAAGAAGUCCCUAUUCGACGGGCUAGAAGAAUCGGACGCGAGCCUAGAAGACAAGCUCAGUCUGAAGCCGAGCAGAAAACGACUUGUAUUACGACCGAGCAACUCCCAAGGGGACUACCAGAGCAGAGACCAUAGUUUGGCGGACCACAGCCAGACUAGAGACCAGACCAACAGAUCUACUGAGGAGCCGCCGCCGGCGCCACAAGUGAACGGCUCUCACAGCGAGCCCAAAGACUUGCCCGACGCGCCGCGACACGAACAAGUGGACAGGGCGAAGCGCGCCGUUAACUUCAACGACAACAGCGCGGACACGAGCGCUGACAAGAAUGGCAGUUGGCUGAGCGGGUCUAAAGUGUCGUGGAGUGAGAAAGAGAAGCCGAUAGAGGAGCCCACGCCGCGCCUCUACCCUAGUCUAGAAAAAGAAAUAAACACACAAACAUCGGAAAGGCGGGCCAGUUGGUUGACGACGAAGCCGCUCCGCAAGCCGCUACCCUCGCAGGAAAGCGAGAGCUCAGUACGAGAGCUGGGCCUCUCGCGUUCGCCGCCCAGCAGUGGGCAACACAACGCAGCGGACUCUUUUUCGGAAGAAGAGAACGUGCCUCCGCGAGAAAUGCCGCCGCACCCGACGGGAAUCAAACUGACGCGCCCUGGUUACUACACUAUACCGUCGCUGGACGAGUUGAUUUCGUACAUGCGGCCAGACGGCUCGUGCGUGGUGCCACACUUCACGGUCGGACGACACAACUAUGGGAACGUUUUCUACGAAUGCGAAAUGGACGUGGCUAACUUGGACCUGGACAAACUCGUCCACUUCCUGAACAAAGAAGUAAUAAUAUACCCUGAAGACGCGGACAAACCGCCCGUGGGAUCAGGGCUCAACCGUCGUGCAAUUGUCACAUUGGACCGUGUCUGGCCGCGUGACAAGACACAGAAGCGACCCAUCACCGAUCCGGACAGGUUGCUUCUAAUGGAGUACGAGGCGAAACUGCGUCGCGUGUGCGACAAGCACGAUACCAAGUUUGUGGAGUAUCGCCCUCAAACCGGCAGCUGGGUGUUCAGGGUGGAACACUUCAGCAAGUACGGCUUGACCGAUUCGGAUGAGGAAGACGACGGUCCCACGCCUGAGGUUCUGAAACGACAGCUCGUCAAAGACACGGUGCAGAAAGCCGCAGCGCAACCAGCACCACAACCGACCGCAGUCCAGUCGCCAGGUCUCGGAGGUCUAGGCGGUCUCGGCGGCCUCGGUGGUCUGGGAGGCCUCAGCGGUCUCAGCAGUCUGGGAGGCCUGCCGCCGUCCGAAGACACGUUGUUGGCUAUGCAUCAGACCUCGCUUAAUUUACUCAAUGGAGCUGGGAAAGCAUUCGAAAUGGACACCACCGAAGAUAACACGGAGUCUCAGAGCUUAUAUCAGGACAGCAGAGCGUUGGGCGUCAAGAGUCCCACCGGUGAGCUAGCGCGCUUGGAGCACAGACAGAGCCACCGCCAUCAGCUCAUGAAGGCUUCACUGUAUGCUGACAUUGAGAUGGAAGACGACAUAUCGGUGUCGACCGGCGACCAGCUAGUGCCAACCUCUGCCGCGCCGCCGCCGCGACCGGCGUCCACACGCCCGCCGGAAUACCCCGCCGGAAUGGACGAGCCGCCGGUUAUUGCUGCUGAAGAGCAUCAAAUGAAGCCUCUGCUAGUGCGACCGCAUACCAUCGUGCUCAAGUACCACAGAAAAGUCCCGCCCUUCGACCAAACCAUCGCCGGCAAGCUGGGCGCUGCAUACUUGGCAGACAUGUCGGUGUGCCGAGCGAGACACUCGCGCGUCGGGUUCGGGCCGAAAGCGACGCUAGCUUACGUCACGAGUUACGACUCCAUCAACGGGCUGCCUAAAACCGCAGAGCUAUGCGACCUCAACAAAUACUUGUGCGGGCGGCUCAGUUCAGACUGGAGCGAGACCGCCUUGGCGCGGCUGGAGACGCAAGGGGACUCCGCUAAAUAUCUGCAGGAAGCGCUCUCCCGCCACAUGGAGACCCUAAGGGAAUACUCUGAACUCCUGCCCUGUGAGGAGGGCCAGUGCCCUCAGCUGCAAGUCAAGAAGGAGCCCAAAGACCGAAGGGAGUUACUGAACAAACACUUGAGGGACGCGCGGCAGCUUAACAAGAGUGGCGGCGGGGUGAGUGGUAGUAGAUAUAGAAACACUUUAUACAGCACUUAG